AUGAGAUUCCAUGGGAUCACUAGCCCUGGUUCAAGGUCAAGUAGGAGCAGCGUCACGGAAGAACCUGUCUCACGCCUAAUUGAGGAGAAGAUCUUCGUUGCUGUUGAUAAACACGUGGCUAAGAGCAAGUCUACACUCAUCUGGGCGUUGCAGAACACUGGAGGGAAGAAGAUUUGCAUCAUUCACGUUCAUCAACCUUCCCAAAUGAUCCCAGUUAUGGGAGCCAAGUUUCCAGUUAGUUCUGUGAAGGAGGAAGAAGUAAAUGUUUUCCGGGAAAAAGAAAGGGAGAAAGUAAAUAGGAUCCUAGACGAGUAUCUUUGUAUAUGCCAGCAGAGAGGGGUGAAGAAAGCUGCGGUGGUGAUUCUUAGUGGAUUAACUGGUUCAGAGGAAGGUUUACAAUCUCUAUCCAAGUAUUCCGAGAUUCUACUUCCAUCACUCUCUCGCCUCCUUAGUGAAAGCAAGGAGGUCUCAGAGCCAUCAGCUCAGGCUCUUGUUAACCUCUCUCAAAAUUCUGAAUUGGCUAGGAAGAUGAUUCAGAUGGGUUUGAUCAGAGUGGCAAUGGACAUGUUGUAUAAGCCAGAGUCUUGUAUUACCAGAAAUCAUGAUGUAUCUGCAGCAUCGUUUGCAAUGCCCAACAGACUUCUUGGUACUAUAGACGCUGGAAGCUCAAAAGAUCUUAGAAACCUCUGCUCAUGUGCACCAUUCAACGAUAAGUUUCCGGAAUCAAACUGGAUGAACAAUGAUAAUAACAGCAACAACAUGUAUGCCCCUGCAAAGGAAGAGUCUGUUGCAAAUACUACACGUGAACCAUCGGGUCAAAAAUGAGAACAAUGACUAUUAAACCGAGUUACAAAAAAGACAUAAUACGGUUCAGGGUAUCAUCUGGUUUGGAUAUAAUGGAGUUGAAGGAUAUAAUCAAGUUUCAACGCAUGUACGUUCGAUAUCAAGUAUCUGGAUGAUGAUAAUGAUGGGUUUUGAUAGCUUGUGAUGUUUAUCUUCAAGUAUGUACGUUUGUAUUUUAGAUUGUGAUGCUGAAACCUGACGCAUGUACAUUUGUAUUUUAGUUUGAAAUUGUAAACACGAAUCACAUAAAAGGUUAAAACGAAAAUCCC